AUGAGCAUCCACGACCAAGUUACUCCACUCCUGAGCAUGGGUUUUCAGGCUGCCCUGCGUACUCGGGGCAAACGGAGCAACAAGACUAAGGCGACCCCUGCCACGCUAUCCGUGAAUUUCCGCAAUAUCAGUGGACUUCACUCUAACCUAAACGCCGUCCACUACCAUCUCGAGACGGCGAGGCCGGCUCUGCUCUUUCUGGCCGAGACGCAGGUAUCCUCUCCGCCUGAUGUCUCGUAUCUCUCCUACCCGGGGUACAAACUGGAACACUUCUUUGUGCCUCGGGCUGGAGUUUGCGUUUACGUCAGAGAGGAUAUCUCUUCUCGACGCCUCGGCAGUCUUGAAGGUUCGGACUUGUCCUUUCUUUGGAUACGCGUAGACAGCGACGACCAUCCGCGCGUCUACGGUGCCUCUAUAGGUCCCAUAGCGAUAAUGCCGAAACAAACCGACACUUCGACCUCGUCCCAAUGGCUACAGAUUCGUUGCUACAGCAAAUCCCCUCCGCAGAGAUUGUGA